GUCAUGUCCUCCAGGUUUCUGCACGUUGCUGCAGAUGACAUGAUUUCAUGAAUUUCUACAGCCGAAGAGGAUUCCACCGUGUGCUGCAGUUUCUUUAUCCCUUUAUCUGUGCAUGAACAGGCGAAGGCCCCCUGCCCAUGGAGGUGUGCUGCAGACAGCAGCAGCAGCAGCAGCAGCAGCAGCAGCAGCAGCAGCAGCAGAGGCCUGGCUUCCUGAGGAAUUGCUGGCCGGUUUGAGGAAGGAAGGAAGUCCCACCUACCAUGAUCACCCUCCAGCCUGGAGGAAGCUCCAUGCCAGCAGCAUGGACCAGCAUGGGAGCCAGAGCCCUGCUAAUGCUGCAGCUCAUCACCCCUGCUCAGCAGCCCAGCAGCCCAGCAGCCAUUGCCACAUCCCAUUUCCAGGGCCUCCUGCCCCCAUGCCCCCACGUGCCCAUGGACCGACACACCACUCUUCCUGUUGGCCCAAGUCUGGAGAAACAGCUACGGCCAUCCCAGCCCUGGCCAAGGGGAAAAUGCCGGAAGACUCCAGGGUGGGAGGAAGCACGUCCCAAGGCCCAGGAUCUGUGAGGCGACUCGGGGAAAACGCAGGACCUGCUGAAGCUCACACCCGUGGACCACCCAGACUGCCUGCCGCUACAGGAUGCCCUCCGCAUCUCCCAGGACUUCUUUCUGGCAUCAGUGUGGACAUUGACCCCGCUGGACUGCAGUCACAGUGGACUCCCAAGGGGCAGGAUCCACCUCUGAUGUUCAGUGAAGACUACCAGAAAAGUCUGCUAGAGCAGUACCAUCUGGGUCUGGAUCAAAAACGCAGAAAAUACGUGGUUGGAGAGCUCAUCUGGAAUUUUGCCGAUUUCAUGACUAACCAGUCAAAAGUUCAGGACACCAGAGCCAAGCUCAGAGGCCGUGGUGGAACAGGGGUGAAGAGCAUGGGUUCUGACUUCAGACUGCUGGGCUGCAGCCCUGGCUCUCCCACCCCGGGUAAGGGCAGACUGCAUGCCUCCCUGUGCCUCAGUUUCCCCCUCUUCAUAGUGGGAUUGUAUUGGUGCCUACCCCAGAGAGUUGUGUCAUCAAUUAGGAUGGCACCUUGGUCAGUGGCAGGAAAGGUUCCAGAAGCUCUGCUCUGGUCCCGGGGUGCUUCGGGCCCUGCCACCAUCUCCUUGGGGUGGUGCCAUGUGGUGGGAAAGACACCAACUUCAAGGCCAGACACAGUGGCUCAUGCCCAUAAUCCCAGCACUUUCAGAGGCCAAGACGGGAGGAUCACCUGAGGUCAGGAGUUCAAGACCAGCCUGGCCAACAUGGUCAAACCCUGUCUGUACUAAUGAUCCAAAAAUUAGCCAGGUGUGGUGGUGCGUGUCUGUAAUCCCAGCUACUCGGGAGGCUGAGGCAGGAGACUCUCAUGAACCCGGGAGGUGG